AUGAUCAAAAUUUUUGCAAGUGAGUUAUUUUAGUAACAAGGGACGAUAACUCAGUCCAAAGUACAAACAUAUAAACAACAUUAUUUACACUACUUCAUACCCUUCGUCCUUUCCUGAUAAAGGUUCUGGUCUUUCUCUUACUGUAGACAUAUUUUCAGUCACGAUUUUCUUUUUGCAAUAUCUUCAAAAAAUUUAUAAAGAACCCGCACUAAAGUGGGUAUGUGUCUCCUCACCUGAUGAUUUAAUCGGCGGUAACGGUUUUGGGCUGGGAACGAAUUUGUUCCCAGUCGAUAAUAAGAAUUCAAUAUGGCCGAUUAAAAUGGAAGACGAAAACUUGUCAUUUGUUCUUUUGCGAAAUCAUCCUGAAUUUCUGGAGGAGACGGCAAUUUUAUUGAAUUCUGAAUGGUCAAAAACUCUGGAAGGGAGAGAUAUCACACAUACAAGAGUCAUUGGUCACUGUAGACUCAACAAGGUUCUGGGAAAACCAAAGGCAUCAUUUUUGACUUGUGUGGUGAUAGGAAAGGCUUAUAGAGGAUGUGGACUUGGAAGAAAGCUCAUGCAGCUCACAGAAAGCUAUGCAUCUCAGCUAGGAUUGACAGCAAUUUACCUCUCAACAUACAAUAAGUAUGAGUUUUAUAAACAUCUUGGUUAUCAUGAAUGUACUCAAGUCACUCCAAUUAAAGCAAGCUCAAGCCUAUUUAUUAACUCUCAGCUUAAUUUACUAGGUGAGCAGGUUGGAGAAGGGGAUAAUCUGACAGUAAAUCAAGGGGAAUAUGACUUACCUCAUUUCAGUCCUGAAAACUCUGUUUCAAGGAAUCAAGAAGCCAUGUUUAAUGAAUUGAAUCAAAGGGAGAAGGAGCAAAAUAUUCACCAACAACAGCAAGAGAUUGACAAUGAUCAUGGAGCCAGAGAGAGGGAAACAACUCCUCCUCCUCCCCCUCCUCCACCUCUUUCUCUGCAAUCUCCACCUAGUCAAUUGAGAUCUAUUCUUGCAAAAUCAACUUGGAUGAUGAAAGAACUCAUUUCAUAAUUACUAGUGAAAUUAUUUGUCACAAAGUUGAAAUGUCAUCAGUGCAUU